UAUGGCGGUCGUGAGCUACAGUGGGUCGAACGUCAUAAUAUUAGAAUGAGAAAAGGAGGCAUAUCGAGGAAAGGAAUAGCGUAUUAAAGUUCUAGCUUAACGAAAUGCUUUCUUAACAAUGACGCUACCAAUAGAACAUUUUAAGCGACGUUACGGAUUCCGUUGAGAUAUCAUUAGCAACCUACACGGAACGCAAUAAUGAGUUUUUCUAUUGCAGAAUAUAUCACAAAAUAUUCUUAACACUGACAAAAGAACGAACGAACAUCUCGCAAAUCCUCUGGCGAAUGGAGUCUUUCAGUGUAAGGGAACUUGUUUAGAAAGUCUUCGUGGCCUAAUGUCUUACAAGUUAAAGGAACCUUUAUCUUGAACCUUUAAUAUUUUGCUCGUUAAGAGGAGCAAAAAUGAUCAGAUCGGAGAGCAGUUCGGAUAAUGGGGGUGGUUGGCACGAGUGUGCCAAAUGGUUAACCAGAUGCGGAGCUUUAAGGGCAGAUCACAAAGCAAAUUGGCCAAAAGCAGUGGCAGUUGAUUUAGCAUAUACAUUAAGAGACGGCGUAUUGCUAUGCAAUCUCCUAAAUACAGUGGAUCCUGGUUGCAUAGACAUGAAAGAUGUGAAUCAGAAACCACAAAUGGCACAAUUUUUGUGCUUAAGGAAUAUAAAAGUAUUUUUAUCUGCAUGCUCAACCACUUUUGGCCUAUCAAAUUCUGACUUGUUCGAGCCCUCCAUGUUGUUCGAUCUAUCAAAUUUUCAUCGUGUACUGUGCACUUUAUCUGUUCUGUCAAAAUGUUCCCGUUUAAGACGCAGGGGUAUUCCUGGAUUUUCUGUAGGACACAGUAGAUCGCAAGAAGAUAUUUAUAAGGAUUUACAAAGUGCUGGUGCAGGCCGUGAGGAUGAAGGCCGCCGCAGAAGGUUUAGAAGGCGCGAAGGGAAUGAAGCAGGUGGAGGAGGAGACAAUGAAGAUCCAGUUGGAGAGGAAGAUGGGUACGGAGUAUUUUGCAGCCAUGCCCAAAGCGAAGAGAUCUACCAGGACCUUUGUAGUCUACACUUGCCACCUCCUCCAUCUGUUGCACAGGACGGUGCAAUCUCUGGAGGUGAAAAGAGGGAUUAUGUGAUCCAGGAACUGGUCGAAACAGAACGGAAUUAUUCGGACGUCCUUAACAGUUUGCUCAGACAUUUCGCCAGACCUCUCUCAUCGUUACUACGGCCUGAGGAUUCAGCACGAAUUUUUUUUGGCAUAAAAGAACUUGCAGAGAUUCAUGCUGGCUUUCAUAGCCAGCUUCGAAAGGCAAGAGCCGGUGCCGCUUUAGCGCAAGUUUUCCUCGAUUGGCGAGAAAAGUUCCUGAUCUAUGGAGAUUAUUGCGCAAACCUUACACUUGCGCAAAACACAUUGCAAGAAGCUUGCGCGCGAAACGAAGUAGUAAAUCAAGAAGUUAUUAGGUGCCAACGAGAAGCUAAUAAUGGUAAAUUUAAGCUACGGGACAUACUGUCUGUUCCGAUGCAAAGAGUAUUAAAAUAUCACUUGUUGCUGGACAAACUAGUAGAAGAAACUCCUUGUGACUGGCUAGAAGACAGACAUCAUCUUGGAAAAGCUAGAGAAGUUAUGGUUGAUAUAGCUCAAUACAUUAAUGAAGUGAAACGUGAUUCCGACACGUUAGACAUUAUAAAAGAUAUCCAGGCGUCGAUAAUUGAUUGGGUUGUUCCUGUAGAUGCACAGUUAAAAGAUUUCGGACGCCUGCUUAGAGACGGAGAGCUUAAGGUAAAAGCUCACGGUGACCAACGGGUAAAGGCUCGUUACGCGUUUGUUUUUGAGCAAGUGAUAUUAAUUUGUAAAGCAUGCAGAGGUGAACAGUACUGUUACCGCGAAACUUUAAGACUAGAUGAUUAUAGAUUGGAAGAUCAUAUAGCAAGACGAAUAAUCGGCAAAGAUUCUCGACGGUGCUAUCAAUGGUUACUUGUUCAUAAACAAGAAUAUACAGCGUACACUUUGUCUGCAAGAACAGAAGAACAAAAGCAAAUGUGGAUCAAGGCAUUACAAGAUGCAAUGGAUAAUGUUAAUCCUGCCGCAUGUCGUAACACGAACCAUAAGUUUAAAGUUACUACGUUCGAUAGUCCACUGAGCUGUCAGCGAUGUGGCAAGUUUUUAAAAGGUCGCAUAUUCCAGGGAUAUCGGUGCGAAGUAUGUCGCAUUUCCGUGCACAAACAGUGCAUUGCACAUUCAGGUCGAUGCAUGCCGGCACCACCCCCGCCACCACCUCCACCGCCGCUACCAUGCGAACGGGCUCUUUCAGUGAAAUUAUGGUUUGUGGGAGAAAUGGGUCGAGAUACAGCUUCAAAUAAAUUAGAACCCCGCGAAGAUGGUACAUACAUGCUGCGAGUACGGCCUGCCGGACAACCGCGUUUGAAACACGAAACUAAUUAUGCUCUUAGUAUCAAGGCAGACGGAGCAGUAAAACAUAUAAGAGUAUUUAAACGCGACGUCGAUGGAGCCGAUUUAUUUUAUCUCAGUGAAUCUCGUUUCUUUAAAAGUGUAGUCGAGCUCGUCGAAUAUUACGAACGAGCUUCGUUGUCGGAAAAUUUUGAGAAAUUAGAUCAACGUUUAUUAUGGCCGUAUAAACGUGUAUUAGCUAAGGCAUUGUUCGAUUUUCGUGGAGGAGAACGCAAUCAACUGAGCUUGCGACGUGGCUGUAGAGUCGUAGUGUUGAGUAAAGAAGGUGAUGCCAAAGGAUGGUGGAAAGGAAAAAUAGGCGAUCAAGUAGGAUUUUUUCCAAAAGAGUACGUCGAGGAAGAAUAAAUAUAAAUUAU